GGGUCAGUCAGGUGGUCGAUGUUUUCUUUAAUCAAUAACCCCUGCUGGCAAGCCCCGCCCCCAUGGUUAGUGAGAAGCCGUAUUCCUGAGCAGUGUUUGGCUGCUGUCCCUGUCAGUCAUUGCGCAUCCAGCAUCCAGCCAAUACCUUACAGAGAAUCCGCCUCGGAGGGCGUUAACUAUCCAUGUAUCUCCCUGUCCCUGAUUGGCUGGAAGGUUAUCACACUCGGCGCUGAUUGGCUGCCUGUAUUAGGCGCCAAUUCUGGGUUCUGUGAGAGGACGGCUGUUAUGUCUGACUAGAGAUAGAGAGGAAGCAUUGCCAGGCGGGAUCCUGCGCUCACCCGGCUCCUUCCCUCUCGGAGUUUCUUGUUAAUCUGCACUUUCUUUGGAAGAUGGAUAUAUCCAGCCCAACUCCCGCCUCUGCUCACACUUUGAGCCGGCCGUCCGGGCUGCCUGUGGCGAAGGCUCUGUUUUCAUGCAAGGCUCUGUCUCCGGUCACUAACCUGGCUUUGAACAUGGACCAGCUGGCAUGUCUGGGCAGUCAGUGUGAAACCCCUAAACGUAAAGCCGCAGAUCGCUGCUCCAUUGAGAGAACUUGUUCUUCAGAUUCUGUGGAUGCCGGCCUGUUCCUUGAAUCUCCCCGUGCGCUGGAUUUUGCAGAUGUGGAUGAAAUGUUUGAAAAAGCAACACAUCAGUCUGAGCGACUUCAAAAGAUCCCACUAGGAAGAAGGCGCUCUCUGCCGCAAAGGUUUUUGGGAUCAAGCCCUGCAUUCAAACGAAAUCUUUCAGACUCCCUGGACUGUGAUGUCUUCCACUUCAGUGAAAACAAGGAGAAUGAUUCCUUCCAGUUUAAGAUGCCAGCCAGGCCAAAUUCCCGGUGUUCUUUUUUACUUUCUCAGGGGGAUGGGAAGGACUGCCUUGUGCAGAGGCAGAAAUCUGCGCCAGCUUGUAUGCUCACUUCACCUUCCAAAGGUACAGGAACCACUUGUGUGUCUUUCUUCCGGAGAAAGUCGUCGUGUGCAUCGACUGGGACAGAGGGGAGUGAUGACGGUUUUUUGGACAUGCUGGAUGGAGAGGAUGAGGUUGAUGUGGAGUAUCCUGGGGGAGUGGAGAGCCUCUGGAAGGCUCCUUUGGUUAUGAAGAGCACUGACUGUACGGCAAUGGUUUCUCCCUCACAUUUCUGUGCAAGCAGAGCAGCUAAACGGAUCGAGCGGACACAAGGUGAAGAUUUGCCAAAGAAAAACAAGAGGCGGAGGAGCAUGUUUGAUGUGCCUUGUGACGAGGAGACUGGUCAUGAGAAAACACAGCUUGCUCGGUCAAAUUCCUACGCGCAGGAGAGCAUUGAACACCUGUUUGAUAAUGAUGAAAGGAAUCUGAUUGGAGACUUUUCCCAGGCCUUCUUAUUUCCUACGGUGAGUGGAAAGCGCCAGGAACUAAAGUAUAUCAGCCCGGAAGUGAUGGUUAUGAUUCUUAAUGGAAAGUUUGAGUCUUUCAUUGAACGCUGCGUGAUCAUAGACUGCAGAUACCCAUACGAGUACGAAGGAGGACACAUCAAGGGAGCCAUUAAUAUGCAUAUGGAACAAGAGGUGGAAGAUUAUCUGCUGAAAAAUCCAAUAAAGCCAUCUAGUUCGAAGAGAGUGAUCCUGAUUUUCCACUGCGAGUUUUCUUCAGAACGCGGUCCCAGAAUGUACAAGUUUCUACGGGAGAAAGACAGAGAUCUGAAUGAAUACCCUAAUUUGCACUACCCAGAGCUCUAUGUAUUACAUGGCGGAUACAAAGACUUCUUCCAGAAAGCACAGACUUUCUGUGAACCCCAGACCUAUCGCCCUAUGCACCACGAAGACUUCAAAGAAGACUUGAAGAAAUUCCGCAUGAAAAGCCGAACAUGGGCUGGUGAAAAAAGCAAGCGGGAAAUGUACAGCCGCCUAAAAAAGCUGUGAUAUUUGCAGGCUUCGCUCGUAUUGGAGACAGGGCAGGAGUCUCUGUUGUGAAGAGCUGAAAACUGAAACUGUUCUGCCAUCGUUUGCACUUGUUUUAGACCAUGUAAUAACCCACCACGUGUGGCUGGGAGUCCUAGACGAGCACUGCUGGAAUCCUGCCCAUAACAGGGUGUCUGUCUGAGAAUGGCCCUAUCUGGGACAGCUUAUGUGCGUCUUGUAACGUAGUAUUUCUCUAUGGGUUACUACUUGUUUUUAAUCUCUCCCCAUGUCACGUUUCGGGGGAAUAGUGACCAGGAGUGUUGUGUAUACACCAUCUUAUUUUAUUUUUUUACUUUUGUUUACAAUAUUUUAUAAAUCUUUUUAUUCUGCUCCCUGACCAGUCUCUUUAGGGAGUUCAUAUUUAAUCAAUGAUUCACUUUGGCCAGUGUUUUCAUAACGGAGUAUGUAUGUUGAGCUUCAAUUAGCUCUGUAUGUUGAACAAAAUUUUAUAUUUAGUGUGAAUGUAAAAAGUGAAAUUCACUGGCAAACUUUUUUUUUUUCUUAUUUUUUUUUUUUUUUUUAUAAAUGAGAUUGGCCUACAUUACCAUCGUUGUGAACAGGUCAUUGUAAUGUUAACUUUCCUACGUUUUUGUGGGAGAGACUAUUUUUAGUCCCUUUAUUGACUAUUCUAUCUUGGUAGAGGCGACCGCAAGCUGGUAACGGUCAUUUAGAGCUAAAAUCCUGCCUGAAUGUUAACUUGUUUUCUAAUUUGUAUUUUACUUGUCAAUGUGGCAGGUACGCAGUAACCUCUGCCUGCUAGGUGUGGCUCCUGUGACACCUCCUCUUGUUAGAUUUGGUUUGAUCGGAGUACCAUUACAGUCUGUAUAUGUUAUUGUAGACUGUGUGUGUAAUGUUACAAUUCACUGAUUUAUUCAUAAGACUUGCUACCUGUGUUUUCAUGUGACAUCUUUAUUUACAAGGUUUAAGUCUGCCUGUAGGGAAUAUGCAAUCUAAUGCUGCUUUCUCCCUGCUACAGAAAAUAAACUACCUAAAACAUC